CGGAAGCAGAUAUCUUCUCAAAACCUUCCCAGCAUGUCAAUUGAGACGACAACUCUUUCGCAGACAGACACGAUGGGGUCCGAAAAGCACAGAUCGAAGUCCGAGAAGAAAUCGAAAUCCUCACAUGGCGAGAAGAAGCGGAAACGAGACCACGGCGAGGAAGGACCCAAGUCGAAAUCGAAAAAGCACAAGUCGGAUGCAAGAGCUGUCGAGUCUGAGAUUUUGGAGACACCUGCUUCGAUAUCUCCAUUCCAUCUACAGACCUCAUCGUUAUAUCUGCCAUUGGCACCUGUGUCGCAAAAGUACCCACUCGAAGGCAUCUGCGCCGAACAUCUCUCCCCGCUACUCCUCACAUACUACCCACCAUUCAACGGCGUACUGCUCUCGUACAGCAACCCCAGAUUAUCAGAGAAGGCAUUUGGAAACGACGGAGAGGAGGUGUUGCUACAAAAUCACGAUGAGUACGCUGUUAGUUGGACAUGGCUGACUGCGGAAUUCCUGCUAUUCAAACCGGAGAAGGGAGCUUGGCUGGAGGGAUAUGUCAAUUUGCAGAAUGAAGGACAUCUAGGACUGGUUUGCUGGAAUCUAUUCAAUGCAAGCAUAGAGCGGAAAUGUUUGCCGAGUGACUGGAAGUGGAAGGAUGUGAGUGAUGCGAGAGAGGGAUGGGAAGGAGAAGGAGAGACAUAUGCCGAAGAAGGAAUGGGAUACUAUGUUGACGGAGAGGGAAAGAAGAUUGAAGGAAUGGUGAAAUUCCGAGUACGUGAAAUCGAGUCCAGUCAUGAUAAGGAGAGAGGAUUCUUGAGCAUUGAGGGCACGAUGUUGAGCGAGGCGGCUGAGACGAAGUUGGUGGAAAGCGAGAGGGAAGGAUUCGAAACUAAUAGAGAUACUGCUGGAAGGCGCCUUGGUGGGUCGCAAGGUCUUGGAGCCACGAGUCUGGGAGUAGCUGUGGAGCCGGAUGCGAUGGACGCGGGCAUCAAAAAGCAUAGACAGAGAUAUUGAUGAAUUUGAGUUUCGGAGUAUGGGGCAUCAUGUCGGCGUUUAGUGGGCACAUUUUAGCAGUUCAUGAUAAACUGCUUGUCAAGAAAAAUGUUUGCAAGUUGGAAUUCUACUUGAUCGUGCAG